CAGCCAACUUCGCAUUUUUUCUUUGCAACAAAAAGGUGCGCUUUCGGAAAUAAACGCGUGUUUUCUGGGUGCAUUUUUGGAAGAAAUCUGUUUUAAACGUUUGAAAACGCGCAUUUGUGUAAAUAUUUUCAUUUUUGCAAAGUUUAGUCAACAUCGCUAAGCUAGAAAAUGUCGAAAAGACGUAUAGAAGUGGGCGAAACGUAUAACACAAAGUCGAAGAAAGAUUUCGAUACGACUACGUCCGCAUUUAGCAAUCCUACACCAGUGGCUCAUGUUGCUGGUGUAGCUAGCGCCUCGCGGCAGCCCGGCACUAUAAAUCCUUACAACCUGAAACCAUUUACACAGCGCUAUUUCAACCUAUAUAAAAAGCGAAUUACACUUCCUGUUUUCGAAUAUCAAGCAGAUUUUAUGCGUCUACUGAAUGAACACCAAAGUAUAGUUUUGGUGGGUGAAACUGGUUCUGGAAAGACCACACAAAUUCCACAAUGGUGCGUUGAAUUUGCCAUGUCAAAAGGAAAGAAGGGCACUGCUUGUACACAACCACGUCGUGUGGCCGCUAUGUCUGUUGCGCAACGUGUUUCUGAGGAAAUGGAUGUCACCCUUGGUGAGGAGGUGGGUUAUUCCAUCCGUUUUGAAGAUUGCUCCUCACCGAAAACAGUACUGAAGUACAUGACAGACGGUAUGUUGCAAUGA